AUGUAUCGACAAAUUGCCCCAUACUUCUCCUUCGGAAGCAGCAGUCCGCCCCGGGGUGCUACAUGGUACAACAGUAUGGGUGACAUGCCCCCUGACAUCGCGGGCUUCAUUAUCCCUGGAAUAUUCGGUCUCAUCGGCAUCGUAGGCCUGAUGACAUACAUAUUAGUGUUCUCAUCGCAAAGGCAGAAUCGCCAGACGGACGACCCCCUCGCAUCACAUACCGCUUACAAAUUGACGGACAGGCCUCCGAGAGAUAUACCAAACCUUGGGGACAUUAAUGAUGAAGUACCAGUGCUAGAUCUUGAGGACGCCGGACGCCGUCCCAACGCCAGUGGCAAUCCUGGCGCCGGAGGUGGGCGUAGCGCAUUUGUAGCGUAUCAUUACGCGUCCCGUGGCUUACAUGCUGCUCACUGGCAGGCGGAGGUCGAGACAGUGCCGCAGAUGGAAUGGCCGCAGGAAGAGCACGCGCAGCGGGAACUUCAAGAUGCGCCGCCGUCCACAUACGAAGAAGACAUAACAUAUGAGGGACGAGCGCUUUGA